AACAACACUUCAACAGGUACCUGGUGAAUUAGUACCUUCUCUCCUAACUAAAUGUGAUAACUGUUGUUCUGCUGAUUUAAAUAAAGUAAAUGUCUAAGUUUGUUUUAGAUGUUUUCCAUAACUUGAGUUAAUUAACCUUUAUCUGUUUUGUCUUGGAUAGAGGACAUAAACCAGCCAUCUACAACCUAGAGGACAUCAGCCAGCCAUCUACAAUCUAGAGGACAUAAACCAAUCAUCUACAACCUAGAGGACAUAAACCAGCCAUCUACAAUCUAGAGGACAUAAACCAGCCAUCUACAAUCUCUCUGUGUGUGUAGCUAUGAGGGGAGUUGUCCUUCUCUUUCUGCUGUCUCUCUGGCCUGGAGGCCAGGUGGAUGCUAUCAAUCAAGAGGUCUUGGCUAAUGUGGUACAAGAGAUGAGAAGGUUCGGCCUGGUGGGACAACAGUAUGCCAUGGCUGUCAUACUCACCCAAGAUCAGUGCAACCAAAAUCAAGUAAAGUUUGACCUAAAUACUGAGGAGAUCCAGAACACACUUAAUGGUAACAAUAUCUACACGGGAGACUGGCUCAUUGCAGCCACACCUCUUAAAACACCUCUUUACACAGAACAUGCUGAGUACCGUCUCUUGAGUCGUGGUAAAACCAAAAUCAGCCCAAUGGAGACUCUGAUAAAUAAAGCUGGUCAUAAUGCUGGUCAAUGUAUCGUCUUCUUCUCCACCUACUCUCCCUGUCUGGAGAAAUGCAACGGCCCUGAUGGAGGACGAUACAAUAUUAUCCCCUUAAUGAACGUCUUUCAAGGCUUUGACAACAACCGUAAGGCCUUUGUCUUCUCCUCGGUUUGGGACCCUUCAAGGAACCAUCCAGGAGUGACCAACCCCUCUAGACAGUGGGUGUUGGAAUCCUUCAAGAGAAUAGAUGGACACCUCCCUGUAUAUCGAUGUGACAGAUUCAAGGAAAACAAUAAAUGGGUCAACAGAUGUUACCGUUGUGUCACUGCCAACACAAAUCCUGACACCAAUGACUGUCUGUACGGAUACUAAUAGUGUACACUGUCUGUAUGGAUACUAAUAGUGUACACUGUCUGUAUGGAUACUAAUAGUGUACACUGUCUGUAUGGAUACUAAUAGUGUACACUGUCUGUAUGGAUACUAAUAGUGUCCACUGUCUGUAUGGAUACUAAUAGUGUACACUGUCUGUAUGGAUACUAAUAGUGUACACUGUCUGUAUAGAUACUAAUAG